AUAAAUCCCUUGUAUGGUGCGCAGUUGGUUUGCACAGUGACAGCAGAAGAAAGGUUUGCUCACUCUACUCAAGCCUGUCAGAUCUACAACCACCAUGGCCCAGGACAUGACUCUGCUGUGGGGCUCCGGCUCUCCUCCCUGCUGGAGGGUCAUGAUCGCUCUGGAGGAGAAGAACCUGCAGGGCUACAACCAGAAACUGCUCUCCUUUGAGAAAAUGGAGCACAAGUCCCAAGAAGUGCUAGAUAUAAAUGCCAGGGGACAGCUUCCCUCUUUCAAACACGGAGACGUCAUCGUGAAUGAAUCCUAUGCAGCUUGUUUUUACCUGGAGAGUCAGUUUAAGUCUGAGGGAACCAAACUGAUCCCAGACAGCCCGGCAGAACAAGCACUGAUGUACCAACGCAUGUUUGAGGGUCUCUCAUUCUACGAAAAACUCAAUGCAGUUACCUACUAUGACUGGUUUGUCCCUGAAGGAGAGAGGCAUGACUCAGCACUAAAGAGAAACAUAGAAGCUCUGACCACCGAAGUCAAGCUCUGGGAGGGUUACCUGCAGAAGCUGGGCUCGGGUUCUCACCUGGCGGGACCAUCCUUCUCUCUGGCAGAUGUGACCGUUUUUCCAACUGUUGGUACUCUUUUCAGAUUUGGGUUGUCUGCAGAGCGUUACCCUAAACUGGGAGAGUAUUACGCUCUGCUGAAGGAGCGGCCCAGCGUCAAAGCCAGCUGGCCUCCUCACUGGCUGGAGAACCCCAAAGGACAAGACACACUCAAAGACAUCUGAGAUCCACACACACUUUUAAAGUCACGUCUGCCCGUAAUGUUUUGGAUUCUAUAAAAAUGGUUUUGUUCAAUAGGGAAAAAAGUGUUGAGAUCACAAGUAUGUUCUAAAUAUAUUAGUGUUACAAGGGCAGAAUGUGCUUGUUUUGUUUUUUUUUGUCAAACUAGCUUUUAUAUUUAGUUUAAAGGUUUUUGUCCAUCAUAUUUCUGUCAAAUGUUUGAUACAAAUUUGUUAAUAAACACAGGCUAUGUUAAACUACAACAUGUGAUGUUUCCAGGGGGACAAGCAUAGGUAGCAGGCAAAAUGUCACAUUGUGAUAUUGUUGAUAUAGCAACUUUUGUUGCUGAGAUACAUGCCGUGUAUCUACUAAUACAUGUACAAGUCACUAUAACAGCAGUUUCUAAUGCAUUUUGAGUCAUCCUAGGAAAUAAAUUGUUCUUGUACUAAAUAACCA